ACUCAUGAUUCGGCCCCAGUUCGCUCUCCCGUUGUGUGUAGGGUUUCUAGGGAAGCCAAUCAGCGACACCAUGGUUCUGGGUUAUAGUGUAAUUACUGGAAGGGCGGCGACUUAGCUUCUCAGCAAAACAUGAGAUGUCAGUCUUGCGUCCCGGACCCCUCCUCCUGCUGCUGUCGGGGACCCUGGCCCUGAGACCAGGACGGAUGAGUGCGGGGUCGGGAGAGAAAACGCCUCAGCGUGGGCGGAGGCAAGGGACCGCUAGACGGAAGGGCUGCUCCACCGCCUCGGACCCAGAGCUCUCACCUCCGCCUCACCCACCCCUUGGUCCCGACUCUUCUCCAACCUGCCGCCCCUCUUCCGUCCCACAAGCCCUCUCGUCCGUGCCCUCCCGGCCGCCUCCCCGUAGGACCCGGGCCCCACGCCGAGAGGAGGGUCGGGAGGGGUCUUACCCCUCCGCGCCCACAGGCUCCCACUCCCUGAGGUAUUUCCACACCGCGGUGUCCCGGCCGGGCCGCGGGGAGCCUGGGUACUUGGAAGUCGGCUACAUGGACGACACGCAGUUCGUGCGGUUCGACAGCGACACCCCGAGUUCGGUGAUGGAGCCGCGGUUGCCGUGGGUGGACCAGGAGGGGCCGGAGUAG